GCAACUGAGCUCGUGUAUAUACCCGUUCGAUACGAUCUUGCUGGAGCUACUACACAUUCAGUAGUCGGGGUAAGUCUGUGGGCGUGCCCCGUUGCAUCAAUUAUUCGGUCACCGGUGUACGCGCGAAUUUCCCGCCAACUUUGCAAACCAGCCAGUCAGUCUCACUCUGCCUGUGCCAUGAAAGCUGCAGAAGAACCAGACAUACAAUGGAUCGGCGAGAAAGACAUAAAAGGCCACGUGGCAAAAUACAAGAGUGUGGAGUUGAGAGGAGAGAGGUACACAGUUGGAGACCAUGUCAUUCUGCGUGGCACCAAGACAGAGCUCAUAUGUCGGCUGACUGGUUUCUCGAGAAACACCACCGACGAUCAGGCCACUGCCGAGGUCCACUGGCUCUACUGGCCUCAAGAGAUGGCUGCACAGCUGCGGAGUGUCCCGAGCAAGAAACGACCCAAGCUCCCGGAGCAUACCCCCCGAGAGGUCUUCACGUCUGACUCCACAGACACCAUCUCCGUCGGCACCAUUCAGAGCAAGGUAUCGGUUACCCACCUACCUCAUUUCCAGCCAGUGCCCCCUCCGUCCCCGAGGGGCGCAUCUCGACGCUACUACGCUCGCUGGCAUUGGAACAGCUCCAGCAGAAAGUUCAGUCCCGUGUCUGGGGUCUCUGAGAUGAAGGGGUUACUGGGCGCUGUCAUCAGACUCUCCUCUCCUCAUCCCACACCAACCUCCAGUUCCUCUGUGCAGGAGACGACAUCACAAAAACUCACGCCACUUCCGACGCCUCGCUCUGUCUCCUCACGAGGAAAGAGUCGUAUCAAAGAUGUCUCCAUCUGCCUGUCCAGGAGCCCUAGUGUGAGUUCGCCGUCUGAGAAGAGGACGGUUGCUCCUCCCCCCACAUCUCCCCAGUCCCUGUCAUUAUUAACCCCUCGGUCAAACUGUACGAGUCGAGCUGCAGCGGCCAAGGCUAAGUCGUAUCCACAGAAACCAGUCUCCACCAGCAGAACUACCAGAACUAAUCCCCAAUCAGCCAAGAGUGCUGGAUACAGACUUGUCGAUAUUCUGACAUACGGAGGUGGGCUAACAGAGGAAGUGGACGAGUUGCCCCUCCCACCCAGCUCUGCAAAGAGUCCAAGGAGCAUGGAGAGAGGGAGGCAGUCACAGAAAGGGAGGCAGGAAAGAAAGAUUCAGACUACACCCACACAUGAUAGUCGACUCAACACUAGUGAUGUGGUGGACCUACUAGUAGUAGAUGAUGAGGAGGAGGAGGAGGAGGUUGGUGACCUAGAGCAAUGUGAACAUGAUGAUCUAAACAGUGACAAUAUAGCGGCGGCAACAGGCAAGAAGAGAAAGGGUGUUAGAGAGAAAGAGAAACAAGGGACUGGAAAUGGUCAUGCCAGCGAAACAGAGUCCAAAGAAAAGGGAGGUGCUGAGCGGAAGAGAAAUGAAGAAAAAAAAGCGACAAAAUCGGGCGGGAAAGCCGGUCGAAAGGAGGUGUCCAGGGGAGGUAGAGACAGAGGCAAGGCAAGGAGUACCCGCAAUGGCAACGGAGAGGGAGGAGAGAAUGUUCCGGAAGACACAGUGACUAGCCCACAGGGAGUCCUCCAUCGUGGAGACAUUCUGACCACUCCCAGUGCAGGUGGGGGGAAAUGGUCCCUGAGAGCGAGGUCGGCAGUCAGACCGCCUGCCUAUCUGGCCACUGACUUGCAAAUUGGCAGAAAACUGAGCAGUAAGAGGGACAGAUCUCCAACUCGUCUGUUGGACAUUCUGAUCUCGGAGCCGGAUAUGAAAAAGAUGAAGUGCAUGGCAGCAUCAAGGGGAGAAGAGGCUGAGGAUCGAGACGACAGAGGUGUAAGUGAAGCUGUUGCGAAGAUUCCAGACAACAGGGCACGUCUAACAAGAACCCACACUCUUCCCCGGACCAAGGAGCCCAGCGGUGCUGCUUCAGCACGACCGGCUGAGCCCUCUGUUAGUUCCACUACCACAACCAACCACCACCACAGAGUUAAACCUCAGAAAAACAAGAAAGGGAGUGUUGGGGGUGAACCCAGAAAGACUGCAGUCUCCAAGAAAAUGGGAGGAGGAGGCGCAGGGAAAUCUAGUAAGGAACGGAAAGUGUCAUCUGCCAAGCCGUUGAGAAAGAGGAAGAGGUUGUUGGGAGCAAUAGACUGGGACAGUAUCUCGGAGGAGUCUGAGGUCUCAGACAGUGGCAGUAAUGAGGAGUACGAGCUGGGGAGCGAGGAGCCUGGUUCAGAGAGUGAGGCAGAGGAAGAGGAGGAGGAGGAGCCUAUUGACCCACCUGCUUCCUCCAGGAAGAACAGUAUUCAAUCGUGCUCUGUGGCUAACUGGUCCCCAGAACUGAGUCCCCUUCCAGAGACAACACCUGUAGCCCUACCUCGAACGAGAGGUAGAUCACGAAAGAAUCAUGCACAGACCAUUUCCAAGACCCCCAGUGGCAGAACCCCAGCUGGUAGUACCCCUGGUCAUCCUACACUGACAACACCUGCAGCCUCAUCUCGAAAGAGAGUUAGACCACCAAAACGUUGUCCACAGACCAUUUCCAAGAUCCCCAGCUACAGUCCUCCUACUCAGACAACACCUGCAAGGAAGAGAGGUAGACCACCAAAGAGUUGUCCACAGACUAUCUCCAAGACCCCCAGUGACAGAGCCAGCACUCCUGGUUGUGGUGCAACCCCUGGUAGCAAGACUGCUGCUAGUAAGACACCAGGUGGAAGGACCCCAGCUGGUCAUAAGACUCCAGCCAGUAGGAGUGCCACUGGUAGGACCCCCAGAGUAGUGCCAACUCCCAACCUCCCACAGAAGAAGAAGCCGGCUGCAGGGGGAGCAGAGAGGACUGACUUUGAUAAAGUCAGACAGAGUCUGCAUGUGUCGGCCACACCAAACUGCCUGCCAUGCAGAGAGACUGAGUUUGCCGACGUCUACGCUUUCGUGGAGGACAAACUGAGCGAUGGAACAGGAGGCUGUAUGUACAUCUCGGGGGUACCGGGAACAGGUAAGACGGCGACAGUCAGGGAAGUGGCUCGCUGUCUGCGAGAAGGUGAGGAGGAUGGCUCUCUCCCUAACUUCUCCUUCUUAGAGAUCAAUGGCAUGAGACUCACAGAACCCCGACAAGCCUACUCCUCUAUACUGAGGCAACUGACAGGCCAGCAGGCAACUCCUGAUCACGCUGCUCUGUUGCUGGACAGCUACUUUGCCACGUCUCGUGACACCACGACCGUCCUACUGGCCGAUGAGCUGGACUUGCUGUGGACAAGGAAACAGUCGGUGCUCUAUCAUCUGUUUGACUGGCCCACCAGAGCAGAGGCCAGGCUGGUGGUACUAGCUGUGGCCAAUACCAUGGACCUCCCCGAGAGAAUCAUGAUGAACAGGGUCUCCAGUAGACUGGGUCUGACUAGACUCAUAUUCCAGCCGUACACCUUCCAGCAGUUGCAGGAGAUCGUGUCCUCCAGAAUGGCUCAUCUCAAUCUGUUUGAACCCGACGCAAUGCAACUAGCAGCCAGGAAGGUGGCAGCAGUGUCAGGGGACGCCCGACGAGCUCUCGACAUCUGUCGCAGAGCCACGGAGCUGGCUGCAGCAGAUCAGGGCACCUCCGGGGGCAGCAGUAGCACAGGGGACAGCGGAACCUCCGGCAGUAGUAGGAAGAAGACAGGAGGAGGAGCCAAGGCUGGGACCAGAGUGGGCACAGGUCAUAUCAACAGAGCAGUCCAGGAGAUGUUCUCUUCUCCUAAGAUUGUCGCCAUUCAGAGAGCAUCAGCCCAUGAGCAGAUGUUCCUGCGGGCAGUUCUGUCAGAGUUCAGGAGAACAGGGCUGGAGGAGGCCACACUCGGUGAUAUCUACACUCAACUGCAGGUCCUCUACAGAACUGAAGGUCUCCCUGCAAUCAACAGUUCACAGUUGUGUGAGGUCUGCUCCAGACUGGGGGCCAGUCGACUCCUCCUGGCCGAGGGUGGAGGGAGGAGACAUCUGCAGGCCAGAGUCAGACUCAACAUGAGCCAGGACGACGUCAUCUUCUCCCUCAGACACCAACAUAUUAUUUAACACACAAUAUCAAAGGAUUAUUUUAUAACUUGUUUUUAUCCAUUCAAGCUAUAUAGACUCAAUAUUGCUGAGCAGAAUUGGUG